GUAACGGUGAUCCAAUAUACAAGCAACUACUUACCGCGACCGAUUUACUGGUUACCCUGGUUACUGACUUCGUCUUACAGCAUAAACAAGUUACUACUAACGGCUACUUUAUUUAGUUGUAAAGUUUUAUAGUUACACAUUUGAUACUUAAUAUAAUAAAUUUGAAAUAUUAUAUAGAGUAGAAAAGGUGGAAAAAUAUAAUAUAACUUUACAAAUAAUUUAUCUGAGUCUUGAGAGAUGUAGCAGCGUCAUCUAGUGAAUUUUAAUAAUUUUCACAACUUCAUAAAUUUAUUAUACCUAUAUAUAUGUAUACAAAGUUUUCACAUUCGAAAUUAAAAAUGUUUCUUACACUUUGUUUAUUAUUUCUGAUAGCCUCUUCAUUAUCAUUAGAGUCUUCAGAUAUUGUUAUAACUAUUUUAAGUCAACAAAGCGGUUAUCAUAUUGCUCACGCUGAAUUGUUAAAAAAUGAAAUUUUUAAAGACGCCGAAGCUUUAGAUCAAAAACCACCAGAAGUUAUUUUAAUUCAUGAAGAACAAAUAAAUGGGUCUUGGACAUUUUUUCCAUUAGUUUUAAGACUUUCGUCGAGUUUUCCAGAAGCCAAAUGGUUUUUUUUUUGUUUAGAAAAUACUGCAAUAAAAUUACCGAUUCUUUUAAAUGUAUUGUCUAACUUUAAUGUUUCUGAUAAUCACUGGAUCAGUCAUGUUUUGUAUGAUGAGGAACCUACGAUAAUCCAUCAUUUUGCUGAUCAUACAAAAAAAUUUAAAUAUCCAAAUAUAGCUUCUGGUUUUGCCAUGACUAAUAGUCUUCUCCAUAAUCUUAAUAAUAGAAUCCACACAGAAGGACUGCCUGAUAUAGAUUUUACAAUUGAUGCAGCUUAUGAAUUUUCCACUUAUAUUUACAAUAAUGGUAAAGGCACUCGGUUGACUCAUUCACCAGAAUUCUGUAUUUUCUUUAUGGAAAAUUGUGCUACUUAUCCAAAAGGAUUUCACUCUUGUACCAAUUCUGUAUCGCAAGAUGAAAUCUAUGUAGCAGUUAAAACGUAUGAUAAAAAUCAUAACGAUAGAGUUCCUAUUAUACUGAAGACUUGGUUGAAACAUGUGAGGAAUUUCGGACUUUAUAGUAAUGUAGAAGAUAGAAGUCUUCCACAUGUGAUUGUGGUACCUGAUACUAAAGAGGGGCAUUGUGAAAAAACUUAUGCUAUUUUGAAGCACGCAAAUAAUUUAUUAAAAAAAAAAGGAUUCAAUUGGUUGAUAGUUACUGAUGAUGAUACAAUUUUAAGCAUUGCACGACUGUCGCGGCUUUUAAGCUGCUAUAAUCCAAAAGAACCUAUUUCAAUUGGGGAACGUUACGGUUAUCGUGUUGUUAAAAAUAUUGGAUAUGAUUACUUAACUAGUGGUGCAGGUUUAGCAUUGUCAUCACCUCUCGUUGAAAAAAUAAUAAAUACUCGAAAUUGUAAAUGCCCAAAAGCAUCUACACCUGAUGAUAUGUUUCUUUUUGGCAUUUGUUUAAAUCGUAUUGGUGGAAAAAUGAUACACUCACCUUUAUUCCAUCAGGCACGACCUUUAGAUUACGCGAAAAAUUAUCUUGCAUCUCAAGAACCAGUGUCAUUCCAUAAAUUUUGGAUGAUUAAUCCUAUUGAAGUAUAUGACCAGUGGUUUAGUGACAUAGAUAGUACAUUAGAAUCUACAUGGAAACAUACGGAAUUGUGAUUUUUAUUUAUUCAUUUAUUUUUAAACGUCCGACAUUAAGUUAAUAAAUAUUUUAUACUAA